AUGAGGCCAGACAGCAGUAUGUUCUCAGAUUUGGUUAGGGGUGCGAGGCAGGGAAUGGAAACAGGGUCACCGGGUGCAAAAUGUAAACCCAAUGAGGAUAAGGGUUAUAGCUGGGAAAGGACGGGAUGGACGUUUGAUUCGAAACUACGGCCUUCUCACACAGAGCCCUCAAAAACAACAAGACUGUUUAACAAGGACUGUCUACUUAAGGAUUCCUCACUAUCAUCGGGAGAGAGCAGUGUUGCAGAUUUGGAGAGGAGACUAUCGAAUCUGCGUAUGUCAACUGACAAUUUGAUUUUUAAUCAAACUAAGCAGGAGCCUCCAUCCAAGUCUGACAGGAGUCUCAAACAGGAGCCAUUAUCAGCAUCUUUGUUCAAGUCUGCUGAGGAAAUAAAAAGGCAACUGAUUGAGCAGCAUGCUCAACAAUUAGAAUUAAUUUUGCGGUUGGAGCAUGCAGCAUCUGGAUCUCUGUCUAGGACAACAAAGCGGUCUUGUAGAUCACUUAAGCAGGAGGAUGUCAACAAAGAAAAAGGACAUACUGAUUUAUCUGCUAGGCCUUCUAGGUCUAUUAAUAAGGGUAAGUCUGAUGUAAAACCUACACUGUCCAUUUCUAGGAUGUCCAUGGAAUCCGGUAUGCAGGGUCAGACAGAUCGGUGUUCUACAUCAGCAUCUGUCGACACCAGGUCCCCGUCUCACACAAGGUCACUGAAGGGUCAUAAAGGUGACCGAUACUCUAGACACCGUCGCCAGUCACCUAGGACUACAACCUCGCAUGGUAAGUCUGAAAUCCAGGAUUCGCGUACGCGUAAAGGUUCCAGAGACUCGAGGUCUUCUCGAUCAGAGUUCAAGGUCACGCGCGCGAAAGGGUCAAGGUCGGACAAACAACAAAGGUCGCGAUCGAGGUCAUCAAGCUCGUCCUCGCCAGAGGGGAGGUACUUAUCUGACAAAAGUCAGCAUAAGAAACACAAAUCCUUUAAAUCGCGAUAUCAAAAAGUAAGCGCGGGGGAAAAAAGUCAAAAUUAUACUUUAGUUCUUCGAAGGAUUCCUCCAACAGCAGUUCUGAGGAAGGAAGUCUGGAGCGGUUUUCUAAAUCGCGAAGGGGUAACCCAACAAAGUUACCCAAAAACCUGA